AUGGAAUUCUAUGAUGGAGAUAGUCAUCACUAUCACAGAAGAGGCAGGAAGUCUUCUGAAGAAGAGAUCAGCUCAGAAGAUGACAGCAGCGAUUACAGUGGCAGAAAAGAACGCGACAGAAGAACUGAUGAUGCGGACUCCGAACCCAUCUCCAGCGGAUUACUAAAUGUAUUAGGAGUCAAAAAUCAAAAUGACGCCAGCGACCUCCUGUACCAAUUAACUGGAUUCCACGGUUAUAAGAAAGAAAGAAAGAAAGAAAGAAAGAAAGAAAGAAAGAAAGAAAGAAAGAAAGAAAGAAAGAAAGAAAGAAAGAAAGAAAGAAAGAAAGAAAGAAAGAAAGAAAGAAAGAAAGAAAGAAAGAAAGAAAGAAAGAAAGAAAAUAUUUAUUUGUGA